UCCUUCUCCUCUUCCCUGUCUGCUUGCUCGACGCAUCCAUCCUUCCCCUCCCUCUGCUCGGCUUGUGAGGGCCAUGCCCUUCGCCCAGUACUCAGUAGAUAGACAGUGCCCCUGCUCCAGCGCCGCCACCUCGUCAUGGAAGUAGCUCCGCUCCUCAAGUCUUCCGCCGCCGCCGCCACUUUGUUCAAUUCAGGCGAAGCCAAGUUUGCACUCCGGGUCUCCUCCUCCCUUGUGUCGUGUCGGAGGAUUGGCUUUGGCCGUCAAAAUGCUUCCUUUAUAAUAUGGCCUGUGCUGUUCGCCCGACCUUUGACUACCGAUCUGCCCCACGGUUGCGGUGGUUCUGAAUCGAAACGGAGAGCCCGGGGACCUGUGAUGGCGGCAGCGAAGAAGGCGUCUGAUGGUGGGAUUAAAGAGGAAGGAAAAUAUAAGCACACGGUAGACUUGCCCAAGACCACAUUUGGGAUGAGGGCUAAUGCAGUGGUUAGAGAGCCUGAGAUCCAGAAGUUGUGGGAGGAGAAUCAGGUUUUCAAGAGAGUAUCAGAUAGAAAUACUGGGAGGAGCUUUGUCCUUCAUGACGGCCCACCUUAUGCAAAUGGUAGUCUGCACAUGGGUCAUGCUCUAAAUAAGAUUCUGAAGGACAUUAUCAACCGAUAUAAGCUUCUUCGUAAUUACAGAGUCAACUUUGUUCCUGGUUGGGAUUGUCAUGGCCUUCCAAUAGAAUUAAAAGUUCUGCAGUCUAUGGAUGAAGAUACUAGAAGGGAGUUAAAGCCUUUGAAGUUGAGAGAAAAGGCUGCAAAGUUCGCAAAAAAUACUGUUAAUAUUCAGAUGAACUCUUUUAAGCGCUUUGGGGUAUGGGCUGAUUGGGAUGCACCUUAUCUGACCCUUUUCCCAGAAUAUGAAGCUGCACAGAUAGAAGUUUUUGGCAAGAUGGCUCUCAAAGGAUAUAUUUAUAGGGGUCGAAAGCCUGUUCACUGGAGCCCAUCCUCACGCACAGCUUUGGCAGAGGCUGAAUUGGAGUAUCCUGAGGGACACAUUUCUAAAAGCAUAUAUGCUACGUUCAAGAUCAUUAGUUCAUCCUCAGCUUCACCUCAGUUAGUUGAGGAGUUUCUUCCAGAUUUGUACUUGGCCAUAUGGACAACCACCCCUUGGACUAUUCCUGCAAAUGCAGCUGUUGCUGUUAAUCCUGAGCUUGAAUAUGUGGUUGCUGAAUUACAUCAUGCUCCUGAAGAUGUUACAGCCCCUUUGAGGAAGCAAACAAAAGUUGGCGGUUUCUUGAAAUUUAGUGAUACAAAGUGUUUUGUGAUUGUGGCUUCCGAACUUGUACCUGCACUUGAGUCUAAGUGGGGGGUGAAAUUUGCAGUGCAUAAAAUUUUCCCAGGAUCAUGUCUGGAAAAUUUCAGGUAUGCUCACCCUAUAAGUGGCAAGGAAUGCCCUGUAGUGCUUGGUGGAGACUAUAUCACAACAGAGUCAGGAACUGGGUUAGUUCAUACUGCUCCUGGUCAUGGACAAGAAGACUAUAUAACUGGCAUAAAGUAUGGACUACCUAUUAUUUCUCCAGUGGAUGAUGAAGGAAAGUUUACUGAGGAAGCUGGUGAGUUUAAUGGCCUGGAAGUUCUUGGGGCUGGUAAUGUUGCUAUUGUGAAGUAUCUGGAUGAACAAUUAUCACUUGUUCUCGAAGAGCCAUACAAGCACAAGUAUCCUUAUGAUUGGAGGACAAAGAAACCUACGAUAUUUAGAGCCACUGAACAAUGGUUUGCAUCUGUUGAUGGCUUCCGAGACAUGGCUAUGGAUGCAAUUGGUAAAGUAAAUUGGAUUCCUACACAGGCGAAGAACAGAAUUGUUGCUAUGACUGCUAGCCGUUCUGAUUGGUGUAUCUCACGGCAAAGAACUUGGGGAGUUCCAAUUCCUGUUUUUUAUCAUGUUCACUCUAAAGAACCACUGAUCUCUGAAGAAACCAUUGCACAUGUUAAAGAUAUAGUGUCAAAGAAGGGUAGCGAUGCCUGGUGGUACAUGUCAACCGAAGACCUUCUUCCUGAGAAAUAUCGGCAAAACGCAUCAGAAUACUACAAAGGAACUGAUACAAUGGAUGUUUGGUUUGACUCUGGCUCAUCUUGGGCAGCAGUUUUAGGCAAAAGGGAUGGGCUAUGUUUUCCUGCAGAUCUGUACCUUGAAGGAUCUGACCAGCAUCGUGGAUGGUUUCAGAGCUCUUUAUUAACCAGUAUUGCAGCAACAGGAAUUGCUCCUUACUCAUGUGUUGUUACACAUGGGUUUGUACUUGAUGAAAAGGGUAUGAAAAUGAGCAAAUCUCUUGGUAACGUUGUUGAUCCUGAUGUUGUAAUUAGUGGAGGGAAAAACACAAAGGAUCAACCGGGUUAUGGAGCUGACGUUCUUCGUCUUUGGGUUUCAAGUGUUGACUACACUGGAGAUGUGUUGAUUGGCCCUCAAAUUCUCCGCCAAAUGUCUGAUAUGUAUAGGAAACUACGUGGAACAUUGCGGUUUCUAUUGUCAAAUCUGCAUGAUUGGAAUCUAGAAAAUACAGUUUCAUAUACCAAGCUUCCAAAAAUUGACCAGUAUGCACUAUACCAACUUGGGAAUAUUGUGGAGACAAUAAAGGACAACUAUGAGCUUUACCAGUUCUACAAAAUAUACCAGAUCAUUCAACGCUUUACGAUCGUUGAUCUUUCAAAUUUCUAUUUAGAUGUUGCUAAAGACCGGCUUUAUGUAGGGGGUACUACCAGUUUAAAUAGACGGAGUUGUCAAACAGUUCUUGCAGAGCAUCUUAUUUCUAUUGUUAGUGUAAUUGCUCCGAUUUUGCCACAUUUGGCUGAGGAUGUUUGGCAGUACCUCCCUUUUGAAUAUGCCACUGAAGAUGGUUCUGCUGCUAAAUUUGCCUUCGAGAUAAAGUGGCCAGUUCCAAACAAAAGGUGGCUCCAGAUGCCCGCUGAUGAUGUUGAUUUUUGGAGUCUAAUCCUGGAGUUGAGAUCCGAGGUGAACAAAAUCCUAGAAAAUGCAAGGGUCGGAAAGCUGAUCGGGUCCAGCUUGGAGGCCAAGGUUUAUCUCCAUUCCUCCGAUGCUGGUGUGGCCUCCAGAUUGCAGGAACUGUGCCUCGCUGAGAAUGAAGCUGACGCUCUACAUAGGAUUUUCAUAACAUCUCAGGUGGAGGUUCUCGAUUCACUAAACACAGAUUUAAGUACCAGAAUGCCACAUACCGGCAAGUACAGUGAUCCAAGAAGUGAAAUUUGGAUCGGAGUUGCUCGGGCAGAUGGCUCCAAGUGCGAAAGAUGUUGGAACUAUACAACUCAAGUUGGUUCCUUCCCAGAGCAUCCAACUCUAUGUGCUCGAUGUUACGACGUCAUCAAUAUCCAUCCUCUUCCUGCUGCAGCAGGAGUCAGUUGAGAAAUUGACAGAGUAACUUCCUGAUCCAUAUUUUUUUUUUCCUUCUUCCGGAGGGUGAAGUUUAAUCCCUCGGCAAGUUCCAUUCGAUAAUGAUGUUAAAUGCAAAGUCUAAUAAUAUUGAGCAUGAUUACUCUUUGAUACGAUUUAUCUAGCCCGAGAUGGUCCAAGGUUGUUGAGGUGGUCACACUAA